AGGGGGCCUGGGGGGGGAGGCAUCGGCUCCCCCGGAGCGUUCGGGAUGCUGGAGCGCGCAGUGCAAGUUGACGCUGCGUGUGAAGUGGACGCAGAACGCGCGCUGAACGUCGAUGGCUGCUGACAGGCGCUGUGUGGUUUUCGGGUGUGUGAUUACGAGCCUGUCGCUGGGCGUGCUGGCCGCGGACAACGCCACGGAGGCCGACAGCGAGCUGACGCUGGAGCCGUCGAUUACUCCCGGUGGAUGGCACGUCGCCAGCGAGUGUACCUGCUACAACAGCACGGAGUCGGAGCCCGAGUGUCGCUGCAGAGGACCUGCGUUCACGGAGAUCCCGGCGAACAUUUCCUCGUUCAUGCGACGCCUGACGGUGUCCGAUGCAGGGAUUGAAGUUCUGAAGGCAACGGCGCUUCGACCGUAUCGAACUUUCCUCAAGGACGUGACGCUGAUGAACGUAAAAUUUUUACGGUUCAUUGAGGCCGGAGCUUUCAACGACAUGAAACAUCUCCGAACCAUAUACAUUUACCAGGCGCCGGCCCUGAGGGUCAUCUCACCUUCAGUGUUCCAUGUGGAGCUGCCGCACCUCAAGAUACUGCGCAUUGUGCACACUAGCCUGGAGCAGAUCCCGGACCUCAGCCAGCUUAAGACAAACAGCAUCCUUCACAUGAUAGAUUUGGAGAAUAACCUCAUCAAGAAGGUGCCCUCUGGUGCGCUCACCGUCAAGGCAGAGCAGCUGCUUCUUGAAUACAAUGUCAUCGAGGAGGUAGAAGGACUCGCCUUCAACGGAUCACAGGUUGCCAAAUUGAGCCUGAAGGGCAACCGAGCACUGCGACAUCUCCACCCGGACUCGUUUGCCGGACUCCGGAGUCUGCGGUACUUAGACCUGUCAAAGACUUCUAUAACACACCUGCCUACCAGCGGGUUGCAGGAGCUGGAUGUCCUGUGGCUCGAAGAUACUCAAACGCUCAAAGUGUUUCCGUCCAUAUACAACUUUGAGUAUAUCAAAGAGGCCUGGCUAACAUAUCCAUACCACUGCUGUGCGUUCCACUUCCCAGCCACACAUGGUUAUCAGUUCUUCAAGUACAAAUAUGUAAGCGCAGAUGUGAUUGGAACACAGGAUCUGGUUGAACAGAGGUGUUCAGAGAUGACAACACCUGCUCCUCCUGGUGAGGAGGGACGCAGGCGGCGCCUGGCGACUGCGGACCAGACAAACGACACUACUCCUGGAUGGGGCGGACUCGGAGCAGCUCACUCCUCUGUUCCGCUGCCCUCACUGGAAUCGCAUGGCACUUUCCACCAGUCGGGGGUUAAACUCCAGGGAAAGGUGCAUGCUCUGUGUGGGAACCUAUCCAAGAACUACCGGGACGUGACAUGCCACCCAGCUCCUGAUGCAUUUAAUCCGUGCGAGGACCUCAUGGGCAACUGGGGGCUCCGAUGUGCCGUGUGGCUUGUGGCCGUGGCCGCGCUGGUGGGCAACCUGUCUGUGCUACUGGUUCUGCUCAGCUCCCGCUUCCGCAUGACCGUGGCCAAGUUCCUCAUGUGCAACCUGGCACUUGCAGAUCUCUGCAUGGGCAUAUACCUGCUACUCAUUGCCUGCAUGGACGCUCAUUCCAUCGGCGCCUACUUCAAUCACGCGAUUGAUUGGCAAAGUGGUGCUGGCUGCCAGGUGGCAGGGUUCCUCACUGUCUUCGCCAGUGAAUUGUCCAUCUUCACGCUGACUGUAAUCACUAGCGAGCGCUGGUACACCAUUACAUAUGCCAUUCACCUUAACAAAAGGCUUAAAAUCAGCACAGCGGGCAAGAUUAUGGCAGUGGGCUGGGUGUAUGCAGCUACCAUGGCUGCCCUGCCUCUGCUUGGCAUCAGUGGGUACGCCAAAACGAGUAUCUGCUUGCCAAUGGAGAACCAGGAUCCUGCUGACCUGGCUUACUUGGUGACACUCCUCUCCUUCAAUGGACUGGCCUUCUGGGUGAUCUGUACGUGUUAUGGACGCAUGUACUGCUCCAUCAGAGGCGGUCAGGACGCUGUGGCAGCUCUCACACGUUCUGACAUGACAGUUGCAAAGCGCAUGGCACUGCUUGUCUUCACUGACUUCGCAUGCUGGGCGCCGAUCGCAUUCUUUGGCUUGACUGCUCUGGCAUGGCACCCACUGAUAGAUGUGCCACACACAAAGAUUCUCCUGGUGUUCUUUUACCCACUCAACUCAUGUGCCAAUCCGUACCUGUAUGCCCUCCUUACGCAGCAGUACCAGCGAGAUCUCUUUAUUCUGCUAAGUCGCUAUGGACUUUGUUCUCAGCGUGCUGCCAGGUACAAGGGAGCAGCAGGGAUGGGGCCGCAAGAAUGCAACAUCGUUGGAACGUGCACUGGUCGCGUCAGGCGAUUGACCGGAAGCAGACCCAAUCACCGGGGAUCACUCUUUACCACGGUGACAUCGAUGGACAGCCCCGUCACACGACCUGGCUCACUCACAGCGGUCCCUGAGUCUGCCAAACAGGACACUACAGUAGAGUUGCUGCCCCUUAGCGAUAAUGAGAGACAGUGUCAGUCACCACAAGGCAGCUGCAGUGACAACAGAAACAGCGUGCCUUCCAACCACAAGAGCACGACUCUCCUCUAAACCAAACACCUUGCUCCGUUUCACUUACGUUCAUACAUCAGUGGUUUUAUAUGAAAGUAAAUUAAUAGUUACCAGUACUUGAACUUUAGGGUUUAAUGGUUUAGUGGUACGCUGUUGCAGUGCAUGGCCAGCUGGACUGCACAUGACUGAUAUUGGUUAGACUGAAGGAAUGUAAAGUUUGUCCAAGUACAGACUUGCGGGAGCAGACGAAUAAAGCUCCAUGCAUUAUACACAUCAGCAGCAACUGAAAGUGAGUGAUGAGUUUCCCACUUACACCACUUUGAUGAUGUGCCAAAUGUUGGGACCAAACCGAGUUUAAUACUAACCACUGAUGUUUCCGGACAUCUUUAUGCAGGAGACGUUUGAUGUAUUUAGUGAGUGUUUUUCACCCUUUCAGUUUGAUAUGAAAACCAGAUACAAAAGAGCAUUCAUUCUGUAGUCAGAUACCAGUUUGAGACUGUCAGGGACCCAGUGUUCAUCAGUUUACCUACCUAUCCUCCUGUUUAACAGACAUGAUAAGAAUAGUUCUUUGUGUUAAAUAACUAAUUAACUUGGGUUUGAUUGACUUAUCUGUUAGAUAUGUGUAACUUUCUUGUGUUAUUUUAUUUAGUCAUUUAACUCUGUUAUUAUUGUUGGCUGCACUUUGGGUCCCAGCUCCUUAGCCCCAGAAGGAAGGCAGAAACUGUGAUGUGUGCCAAAGAGAAGGAAAUAUAUACAACUUCAGAAUGAAA